CCCRUCUAGAGCUCAGUCACUCGCUUUCAACAACUACAAAAACGUCGAACAAAAUUGCACAUGAUCAUGAAGUAUACGAGCUUAGCAUGCCUAUUCUUAUCGAUACAMCCGCAAGCUGAUGGGUUCACGCCAAUAUCGAAUAGGRUACUCCCGGUCACCAGUCUAGCCAGCACGCUCGCUCCCGAAACACCGAUGAAAAGAGGAUCUGACGAUGAUGAAAGUAAUGGCAGAAGCAGUGGUGACACGCCAAUCCAAAUAACAACCUCGAAGAUUAUCGAGAUAUCACAAUCGACAUCGUCGUCGCCUUCGCCGUCGACAAUAGAACAGCAAUAUGGCCCUAUAUCAAUGUCCUUUGAAGAACUUUCAGUUGCCUUAGGAGGUGCAGGUCGGGCGAAAAUAGUUUGGGAUUGUUACAAACUAGGCAUCGAUCCCGCUCUUAUGUUUGGAAGCGUGAUCAAUUUGGGACAAGAUGAUUACGAAUCAAUCGUCAAUCAAUUACCAUCGCAACGAAGGACCCAACGAUUGGGAGUGGCCGCAUUGAACACAUUAGAAACGCUAUAUCAACAAUCCUAUGGUGGACAAUCCAAUCCGAGUGUGACGAAGAUUGAAGGUGGCGUAGCGACCUUGUCGUUUGUAUCGCGCUCCGGAGAUGGAACAACAAAGCUGCUUCUAAAAAUGAGCGACGGUCUGGAAGUAGAGACUGUUAUAAUACCAUUUAAAGGAAAACGAUCGACGCUGUGCAUUAGUUCGCAAGUKGGAUGUCGCCAAGGUACGAUACGUAACAGUGAAUGAGCUAAUUACCAUCCAGCCUACUAUUUUUAAAUUAUCGACGAURMAUCUGUCGAAUCGAUUCGGUAUGAGUUCCAUGCACAAAAGCUUACUAUUUUUGACGAAUUUGUUUUCGAUCUUGUACUCUUUAAAGGUUGCACGUUUUGUGCGACAGGAAAGAUGGGGAAACUACGGAACCUAACUGCUGAUGAGAUUUUGGCACAAAUGUUUUUUGCCAAAAAGUUGUGUCGGCUGGAAGACUUGCCUGCCAUCUCCCACGUUGUGUUUAUGGGUAUGGGAGAACCUUCUGAUAACUUGCCCAACGUAGUUCGAGCAGCAAAAGCGCUAACCACAAGACCUUUCUUCAGGUUGGCAUCCAGUAAAGUGACUAUUUCUACCGUAGCGCCCACACCGGAAUGCUUCAUGGAAUUAGCUCAAGCUCCCUGUGUCAUGGCGUGGAGCGUCCAUGCCGUACGAGACGACUUGCGAAAGAAGCUAGUUCCCACAACAAAAUAUAGCAUGGUGGAAUUGCGACAGGGACUGAUCGAUGCACUCUUGACGAGACCAGAGAAUGGACGGAUUGUCAUGUUGGAAGUGGCCCUGAUGCGUGAGGUCAACGACCGAAUCGAACAUGCCGACGACAUCGUCGAUUUCGUGCAGGGCAUUCUCGACCAGGUGCCAGGUGUGAAACCACACGUCAAUUUGAUCCCAUUCAACGAUAUCGGGCAGUCYCUAUAUGAAAAGCCUUCGAUGGACGAUGUCAGAGCCUUCCAAAACCAUUUGCAGAGAAACGGUGUGUAUACUCAUGUACGAGCUACGAGRGGAGACGAGAAGACAUCGGCGUGCGGACAACUCGCGACUAAAAAACCAAAAGGUUCGUCGUGGAAAGGCACGCCCUGAAAAGAAGAGAUUMGRGUUAAUAGASCUUGGAGGAAUAU